GCAGCAGCCUCCACCAAUCCAGCUUCAAUUCGGAGGUGCACUUUAAACGUAUGAAAUCAUUUCUGUCCUCAGCGGCCCAGCCUGUGGACUCCCAUCAUCUUUCCACUUUCACUCUUGUGCCUGAGUUUCUAAAGAGACGCGCCGAUUUGCCUCCGAGGGAACAUAACAGGAUCAUAAGUUUGCAGAGAGGGUCUGUGAAGUAAGUGGUGGAGAAGCUCAUCAUGGCCGUGUCCCAGGAGAGGAGUGUGCGUCUGGGGCUGUGGGUGCUCCUCUGGCUGGGAGCAGGCAUGGUGGCAGAUGCAUGCAGCUGCAACCCAGCUCACCCACAGCAGCUCUUCUGCAGCGCUGAGACCGUGAUCAGGGCAAAGAUUGCCGGAGAGAAGAUUGUGUCGCCUAGCAACAGUUCCUCCCCCUACAUGAAGAUGAUCCAGUAUGAAAUAAAGAUGAUCAAGAUGUUUAAAGGCUUUGACAAGGCCAAGGACAUCCAGUAUGUGUACACUCCGGUCUUCUCUUCGCUGUGUGGUGUUAAACUUGACUCCAACAACAAAGCAGGGUAUCUUCUCUCAGGAAGUAUGUGGAGCGACGGGAGGCUCUCCAUUGGCCAAUGUGACCUGGUGGAAUCCUGGGACAAUUUAUCACUCUCACAAAGGAAGAAUCUCAACUACAGAUACCAGAUGGGCUGCGAGUGCAGAAUUAACGUGUGCUACACGGUGCCAUGUGCAUCUACGGGAGAGAAUGAAUGCUUGUGGACGGACUGGCUGCUGGAUAACAGCCUUAACGGCGAGCAGGCUCGGCAGUACGCUUGCAUUCGCCGCUCUGACACAACCUGUGGCUGGUACAGGGGAGGCCAUGCCCCUGAAAAAGACUUCCUGGACAUGACUGACCCCUGACCUGCUCACUAUUCCCUCCAUGUGAUUUCUUUGGAUGCCUCCAGUCAGAGGGAUAUCCUGCUUUGGCUUUGUGUAGCUCAAAUUUGGAUGCUUAUGCGUAACAUUAGCAGCAGAUAUCAAUGAAAAUUGGGUUGAUUUCAUAUCUGGAAGACUUACUGGAUACUGCGGCUUUUAGAUGUUUUUUUUUAAAAUGGGAAGAUUGUCCUUUAGCUCCCACAUACAACAAAUCUCAUAGACAAAAGUGGAAUUUCUUGUUGCAGGAAAAUCAGUUAUUAUAACUCUCUAUUGUCAUGCUUCUGUCAAUCCGCCAGCUGGUCCAGAAUACAGCUGCACGAGUGCUGACUAGAAAUAGCAAAACAGAGCACAUUUCGCCUGUACAGUGGAUCCCUGCACUUUCAGCAUUUAAAGCCCCGCAAAUUAGCAGUUUAAAAAAAAAAAAUUACAUUUAAAUUUAAAUGUAUUAAUUUUUAUUAUUACAUUAUUCAUUUAAAUUUUAAUACAAAAAAAUGUAUUAAAAUUUAAAGCCACAUUUCAUUCACCCCAAGUAAUACGUAAUAAUGCAGGUAAAACAUACAGCAUACCACCAUUAAAGAAGGCCACAAUUUUAUUUGAAUAGAUUUACGUCUUUAUGUAUCACUGAUAAUAUGUCUUUGUCAAGCAUUGAGAUUUCGCACUUUGUUCGGGGGUCCUUGAACACACCAUAGCUGCUGUGAGACGCAAAGGAGAAACUUAUAUACAGUAUAACCUCUACACCGUGACUCUGACUCCAUCUGUUCAUGGAUCAUCUUACAAUAUCAUUCAUUAGUGGUGAGUACCUAUACAUUUUAUACUUUAUAUGUGUUUAAUAAGCACGUGAGGCAUAUUGAAGAGAGAAGGCUAGGGUUCUGGAGCUGAAUCUAAUCUAAUAAUACGUUUAUUGCAAAUGUUGAUCCGAAGUAGGAGAACUUCAAUGUCAAGCUAACAGGAAAGUUUGGGUAGACAUUUUAUAGGCGUCUCAAUUACUCACAGAUUUUCGCCAUUCAUAGGUGGUUUUGGAAGGUAAUAACUACUUUUUUCACUUCACUGCACUGGCUUCCUUUAAAAUUGAGAAAACAAUUUAAAAUCCUUCUGCUGUACAGUAAUUGGUUAGAGCUUGUGCCGCCUCAUCAACCCAGACUAGAGUGCUACGUUCCUAGAAUUUUUAAACCUCGUUGGGAUAAAAAACAGCUGCAGAACCUUCACCUGCAAAAUGAUUUACCUCAGAUUGAAUCCUCCUGCCGUCAUUUGCAUGACACGUUCAAAUCGCUUCAAAAGUCAGGAAAUCAUGCUCCUUUUCACUGAUAUGACAGCUCUCGCAUUGCAGACCAUUCCACGAUGCAAAUGCACACCUGCACGGCCACCACCAGUACGAUAUAUACAAAUAUACCACUAUGAUUAAAAUAUAUAUUCAGACACAGGAAUUAUAUAUGACAAUAAUUCCUGACAUUGUAAAUAGUGUUCAUUACUGAGCAUUAACACUUUAAAAGCUAACCACAUUUAAUUUUAUAGCCUAGGUACUGUACUUAUCUUAUUUGAUUGCUAUUUAAAUUCAGCAGAUUCACUUCAAUGUCAAAGUAAACUAAAAAAAAAAGUAUUCUCUGCACCAGAAGCUAAUACAUAUAAACUUGCUGACUUUAUUGUAUGAAAACAAAAAGGUGCAUUAUAGCUAUUGCACAUUCAAAGACGACUUGUAAUUGUUGCAUGAUUUGUUUUGAUACAGUACGUAUUAUAAAUUAACAAUAACAAAUAAUGAUUAGCAUUAAUGUAUGGUGUUAGUGAAGUAUUAUCAAACAGUGUAUGUUUUAUACUGAAGGAAUUGUUGUGGUAUUUGUAUUUAUGUUGCUUUUUGUCUCAAUAUAGUUGUUUUUUUUUAUUUCCAUGUACCAAAAAAGAUUGUAUAUAAAAUGAUGAAUGGAAUCUAAUUCAUUCUUUCUCCUCCCUCUAGUCACCAAAAGGUUAGAACAUAUAGUAUAUUAGUAUAUUGUCAAGAAGCUAUUUUUUUGUCAGUAGUUGCAGCGUACAGACAAAUGGGCAAAAACGGAGAUCAAACAUUUUUGUCAUGGUCGUCAAAAUGGUAAAAAAAAAACAUCUCACCAUGUCCUUAUAGUUGGGGUAGAACGUCUGAUCAAUGACAGGGAAUUUGUCGGCACCCAGCCUCUUUUGAUU